AUGGUGAAGCAUGAAGAAGCAUUCGCUGAGGCGGCGAGACUGCGCGAGACGCAGCUGAUGGGCGAGCGUGAGGAACUUCGCAAGCUGCUGGCAGCCAGCGAGAUCCGUGCCCAGACGGAACUUGCAAAAGCUCUCUGCCACGGGCGCCUGCGAGAGACCACGGCGACUCUGGAAAGCCGCGCGGCGAGCGCGGAGCAGCAGCUGCAACUCCACGUGGCCAAGCAGGCUGCUUUGACAAAGGGAUUGGAGGAAGCCUGCAACAGGGCUUGCCAGACAGAUGGCGAGGAGCACGUGACGUUGGAGGCAGCUUGCCGAACAUACAGCGAGGAUUCGUUGCCGGAGACCUCGGCCGAAGAUGGUGCUGGGGAAUUCACCCAUUCCGACCUCCUCAUGCUUGAAAAGCAACGAGAGAACGGAGCCACCAUGGGUUCCACUGGUGCACACAAGCUGGAUUCCGUCGCUGAGACGGCGAAGGCAGCCAUCGAUCCGUUCCAUCCGUCCUUCGAAGCUUUGCCUGUUCUGUUACAGCAUCUCUCCGUUGAUGAUAUUAUGGAGUGGCGAGUGACUUGCUGUCAGACCGUUCAACCCAAGGUCUUGAUACAUCACCUCUCUGAAAUGGGCAGGUUGGACAGGUCCCAGUCAAUCAUCGAUUUUUCGGUGCAGUUUGACUUCGCUACAACAGACCCGGUCACCUCCGAAGUCCAAAUGGCAAAGGAUUGCCGACAAAACAAGCUCUUCGAGUGCCGCUGGUGGUGUAUGAGGCUGGCGUGCGCGGACAAAACCCAUUUUCCAGAAAGUGAUGUAAACGACAUCGUCACCGAGAACCUUCGAUCUCUCUUGGUGCACUGCUGUGACGUGGAUGUAUCCGUGAGACUUGCUGCGCACCAUCUUGUUGAGAACUAUGCGUGUGGCGGCCUGCCUUUUGUGCAGCAAUUGAUUGCCGAAGCCAUGCUUGACCGGAUGGAAGACCUGCUGCCAGAGUCCGUUGAAAUCAGCAAAGAGGCCCUGGAGCAGGCAAUGCAGUGUGCAACGCAUCUUACUAGCAUUCUGCGUGCACUGACGAAACCUCAACGUCAGAAGUGGGUGUCCUUGCUGGUCAGAGCCCUCCAAAAUGUGGAGCAGGACCAAGACCAGGAGACACUGAUUUCUGAUCUGAAGAUCCUGUGGCGAGUUGAUGGCGAUCCGCGACGAAGCUAUGCGGAAGCAGAGCAGCAACUAAAAGCUUUCUCAAUGCAUGCCAACAGGCAUUUGCAGACGGAGAUUUGGCAUCUCCACUACUGCUGA